AUGAGUGACAUUGUAACCAGUAUCAUGAGUGAUGUAGAAAAUGAAUUUUUGAGUAUAGAAAAAGGACAGGGAUGGAAUAGUUUUUUUUCCGCAAUAAGAGAUGAAUGUUUACAAGCCCACAAUUAUGCAUUUACAGAAGCCAAAAAACCUAAAAACAAAUAUUUAAAUAGAUAUAGGGAUGUAUAUCCUUACGAUCAUAGCAGAAUUGUAUUAUCUAAAAAUUCAAUCGAUUAUAUAAAUGCUAAUUUGGUGGUGGUAGAAGGAGCGAAUAGAAAGUAUAUUUUAACCCAAGGACCUCUUCCGCAAACGACAUCACAUUUUUGGUUAAUGAUAUGGGAACAAAAUUGCCAAGCUAUUGUAAUGUUAAAUCGAAUAAUGGAAAAAAAUGUGGUUAAGUGUCAUCAGUAUUGGCCACAAUCGGAUUCGACUGGUGAAGAAAAAUCUCUUAUUUUAGAUGAUGUUAAUUUAAAAGUUAUUAAUGUGUCAGAAGAAAAAGAUCCCUGUUACAUAACAACUAAUUUAAUAUUAGAAGAUCUCGAGACUGGUAAUCAAAGAGAAGUUAUUCAUUUUCAUUGUACAACAUGGCCAGAUUUUGGCGUCCCACAAAGUCCUACAGCUUUUUUAAGAUUUUUAAACGCUGUUCGUGCGAGCGGUGCUCUAGAACAAGAAGGUCCUGCCGUUGUACAUUGUUCAGCAGGUAUAGGAAGAUCAGGAACGUUUUGCCUCGUCGAUUCUUGCUUAGUUAUGAUACAAGAUAUGAAACUUAAUAAUGUAGUAGUGAAAGAUGUGCUAAUGGAAAUGAGAAAAUAUCGUAUGGGUUUAGUUCAAACGCCUGGACAACUUAGAUUUUCAUAUUUAGCCAUUAUAAAAGGCCUCGAUAAAACAGAACUUGAAAAUGGAUGGCCGAAAUUGGAAGAGGUCAAAGACGAGGAAAAUUCUGAAGAUGAAGAAGCACCGCCUCUCCCACCUCCUAGAAACGAAUCCUUGAGUGCAUCUCGAGAAUGUGCAGAAACAAGUAAAGGAGAUAAAAGUUCUGGUCAAGACAACGACAUUGUAGAGAAAACAAUGCACCGCCAAGCAAAAUACCAAGGUGGAAGAAGUUCCACGGGCACGAGAAAGCAUCCGUACAAGACAGGAAAUAGGUAUCUUCACCGGAAACAUAGAGAUCGUUCUAGAGGGGAAGAAGAAUCGACGACGUUACAUCAGAGAAAGGGACGAGACGUACGAAACCAAAUAUUAGAAAACAAAAUAAAGGAAGUUAAGAAAAAACUACGGGAAACGGAAUCGUGGCAGAAGUGGAGGAAAUCGUUAUUUCACCCCUGGAGCAUCGGUUGUCUCAUUAUCGGAAGCGGAAUCGUCGUGUGCGCUUUGCUCGCUUUUCGGGAUUAA